GAAGCAGCCACAAAGGAGGCUCCACACACGCACACACACACACACACACAGCCGUCUGGAAGGAAUUAGACAGCAGAGAGACUUCUGGCCACUUCUCUGCGCUGUGUGUAACCUGGAUGCUUGGGGAAACUAGAGAGAGAAUACUUACCUACAUGCCCCUCAAGACUAAUGAUCUGACUCACAUUUGAUUAUUAGAGUCAUUGCUGGAAACAUUUUUUUUUUUUAUUCAGAUUAUGAUAGACGCUGCCAGAGUUUUUGUAACUUUUAAAGAACUUUUGAAAUAUGAAUGAAAGUGUCAGAAGUUGAUGGAGAAAAAUAUUUAUCAUUUUUGCAUAGUCUACUCUUUAUUUAUACUUUUUUAUAUGAAUGGUGCCAAAGUUGACUGACAUGAUGUCUGCGUGUGUGCACCCCAGAAGCAUGCGGUGUGAUGACUGCAGACAGACUGGUAGAUACUAGUCGUGAAUACUUGUUGAGCAUCCAGCUGAGCACACUUAGAGGAACGGGCGUCAAUUUCUGUUCAUCUUGUUAAUGAGGAUCAAUUUCAGCGGCUUCAUGAGACUCAUUACUACACAAGUGUCCUGUGAAACUUUGUCGAGACUUUUCCUCUCCGUGGAGCGGUCCCAGAGCCGCCGGAGCUGACCGCAUCCUUCUCAAGGACGAACCAGAGGACGACAGCUGAUCCAAGAUGAAGUGUCAGAAAGCCCUCACCUACCUGCGGAUAUUUGGGACCACCAUGUUCGGCGUGUCCCUCCUGGUAGGCAUCUCCACGGCCUACAUCAUGGGCUACCAGUUCUUCACCACAGCCCGCAACCACGUGUCCUUCGGCCUGUACGGCGCCAUCUUGGUCGUCCACCUCACCAUCCAGAGCCUCUUUGCGCUCUUGGAACACCGAAACAUGCGGCGGUCCUUGGAGACGCCGAUCAAACUGAAUAAAUCCUUGGCGCUGUGCAUCGCGGCGUACCAGGAGGACCCGAACUACCUGAGGAAAUGCCUGGUGUCGGUGAAGAGGCUGACGUACCCGGGGAUCAAGGUGAUCAUGGUGAUCGACGGGAACAACGAGGACGACUCGUACAUGAUGGAUAUUUUUAAAGAGGUCAUGGGAAGGGACAAAUCGGCCACGUACGUGUGGCGGAGUAACUUUCACAGCAGGGGGCCCGCGGAGACGGACGAGAGCUACGCCGAGAGCGUUCAGCAGGUCUCCAAGCUGAUCCUGAACAACAAGUGUGUGUGCAUCAUGCAGAAGUGGGGAGGGAAGAGAGAGGUCAUGUACACACCCUUCAAAGCACUGGGGAGGAGCAUAGACUACGUGCAGGUGUGUGACUCUGACACCAUGUUGGACCCGGCAUCAUCGGUGGAGAUGGUGAAGGUUCUAGAAGAAGACCCUAUGGUCGGAGGCGUCGGAGGAGAUGUACAGAUCCUAAACAAAUACGAGUCGUGGAUCUCCUUCCUGAGCAGCGUGCGGUACUGGAUGGCCUUCAACAUUGAGCGGGCUUGCCAGUCCUACUUUGGUUGCGUGCAGUGCAUCAGCGGGCCUUUAGGAAUGUACCGGAACUCCCUCCUGCACGAGUUCCUCGAGGACUGGUACAAUCAGACGUUCAUGGGGUCCCACUGCAGUUUUGGGGACGACCGCCAUCUCACGAACAGAGUUCUGAGCCUCGGGUAUGCAACCAAAUACACCGCCCGAUCAAAGUGCCUCACCGAGACGCCGAUCACAUACCUGCGGUGGCUCAAUCAACAGACUCGAUGGAGUAAGUCGUAUUUCAGAGAAUGGCUAUACAACUCCAUGUGGUUCCACAAACACCACCUGUGGAUGACUUAUGAGGCCGUGAUUACGGGCUUCUUCCCGUUCUUCCUCAUCGCCACCGCCAUCCAACUCUUCUACCAAGGGAGGCUCUGGAAUAUUCUGUUGUUUCUGCUCAUCGUGCAGGCGGUGGCGCUGAUCAAGGCCUCGUUCGCCAGCUGCCUCAGAGGCAACAUCGUCAUGGUGUUCAUGUCGUUCUACUCAGUACUGUACAUGUCGAGCCUGUUGCCCGCCAAAAUGUUCGCAAUAGCGACAAUCAACAAGUCCGGAUGGGGGACCUCUGGGAGGAAAACGGUGGUGGUGAACUUCAUCGGUCUGAUUCCUAUAUCAGUUUGGUUCACCAUCCUCUUCAUCGGGAUUAUCUAUACAGUAAUCCUGCAGACUAAAAAACCCUUUCCUGAUUCAGAAAAGAUUGUCCUGGUCGUCGGGGCGGUUGUCUACGCUAGUUACUGGGUCAUACUGUUGAUGUUGUAUACAGUGCUCAUAAAUAAGUGUGGGAAGAGGAAGAAGGAACCACACUAUGAUAUGGUGCUGGAUGUAUGAUCAUCAUUUACCACUGAACUCUCUUUUAUGGUUGUUUUUCACUCACUAUACAGAUGUUUUUCAGAUGCAGAGCAGCUCUGGAGGCAAAAUUGGUUGAGUUCAACCUAAAUGGGCAAAGAACCAGGGUUCUUUCAGACUUGAAUGGGAAAAAAAACAUGCAAAGGACAGUGGCUGAUAGUGGCUGCUUCUUUCUGUUCAUUCGUGAAAAUUGCAUUCAUGAUUUUGGAAAAGCAUGCUAGCUAAUUAGUUUACCUAUAUUAGAUAGAUACCUUGAACGUGUUUAGCUGAAGAUCAGCUACUGUAAACUAACUAGCUGAACUUGAUUGCUCAGUAUGGCAACAUUAGCAAGAGUGCUAGGCUUUGUAAUAUUAGCUACCUCUUAUCCUUGUCAUUUUCACUGGGUCUUCAGUCAAACAUUUGCAACUCAGCCAAAAGAAACUGUGGAUUUUGUAUCUCCACCCAUUGGGGUUAAACUUGACCAGUGCAAAUAUUUUACCUCCAGAGCAUGAGUGUGUCUCAAAGAAAUGUUUGUACAUCCUGACUAGAAAACAAAUCUACUUAUUGCCCCCACCAAGGGAAGCCAAAAAAACACUGCCACAUAGCUUCAAGUUCAAGUCAAACUGAAACCACCAGCAUCCUGCCCUGCCAGGCUGUCUCCACUGUCAAGGAUUACAUACUUAACGCUAAAAGGCAACCGCCAUCACUAUGUAGUUCAGGGGUCUCCAACAAGUAGCUCGUGAGCUACCAGUAGCUCGUUACCUGUGUCUGAGUGGCUCACUAGAGGUUAAAAGAAUACAGACAUAGAUUUGAUAACACAAAGUCAAAUUGCAAACAGGUUUAAAUUUCUAUCCGAUCAAAUUCACAGACAUCGCGCUCCCUUCUGACACAAAAUGAUUAUUUGCCAAUCAGCAAUUAAACAAGUUGCGCUGCUUUCAAAUUUCAUGACAUCAGCGACGCUGUAACAUCAGGCGAUGUUAGCAGACCAGCAAGCGUACACAAGAUCUGACAGUGGCUGCAAUGUUAUUAAAGGACCAUAAAAGUAAGACAGAAAUGAUGUCUGCUAUUGGCAACUUGGUGGCAUUAUGUGUAGCUCUCGGCCACUUUCAUUUUGUCCAAUUAGCUCUCAGAGGAAAAAAGUUUGGAGACCCCAGCUCUAGCUGGUGUAUUUGUAAUCUACAAGUACAUGGACGCUGUGUGGAUCUCAUGAAUAGGUGAGGUUAGCCACUUUACCAUUAAAAAACAAACAGAGAAAUGUAUGUUAUGAGUUAUACUGCAUCUCGAUUUAAUGCCACAACUUCAAAGUUCUUUCUCUCUGGGGGCAAAGCGUUGGUGUAUCUUUCCAAUCUGUUUUAGGAAGAGCUUGAGCAUCGAUUUACGAGUGGAAGGGUGCAGAAAGGGCUUUAAAAUGAAAAGCUGCUCUCUUUCUUUUGUUGCACUCAUGUCAUAUGGGAAAGAUACUUCAGCAUAGUCUUCACGCAUUAUAGAUGUAUUUAUCUAUUUCAACCGAAGACAUUUUUUGUCAUCACUUAUUAAGGCAAAUCCUAAUUGCAACUCCUAAAUAUCAGCCAUUUCAUCCAGGCUUGACAUUACAAUUCUUGUUUUGCUUCUUUUUUUUUUAAAUGAAACACAUUACUCACUGUGGUACACGUUGAAUGUGAAAAAGUGCAACAUCCAUAGAAGUGUCCAAUCAUGCUAUUAAGAGGCUGCAUUGUGUUUGAAUGUCUGGACACAUUGUCCCGUUGUAAUUCCCAUAUGACGUGAAUGCAGUAUUUUUCCUCAAGGUUUACAAAGUGAAGAAUCUCAAACUGAUCACUGAUUGGUAGAUAUAAUCUCCACCAGAUCAGGUGACCAGGUGAACAUGUGACCAGAAGAGAGACGGUGUAUCAUUGCUGCUGUGACUGUUUUAUUUUUACAGAAACAAUGACUUUUUAUAUAUAUAUAAUGUAUAUAUAUAUAUAUGAAUGAUGGGUGUAUGUUGCAAAAUGGUGUUAACACUAUUAUUGUUAAUGUGUUUCUUUCUACCAAGUUGAAUGAUUACCACCAAGUAGACACGGCGGACAUGUUCCAAUCCAAAGAUUUUAUGCCUCCCAUGUGUCCUUGCUCUCUUCCUUUCUUCACAUACUGUAUCGAGGAUAGCGUCCCUCAGCAGCAAAUGUGAGAAUUAAUGCACCAAAUGGGAGAAAACCUGAUAACAGGAAUGUGAAUAAGGGCACUCGAUGGAAGGGAACGGCAUUUUGGAGUGAAACCAGUCCGGUGUUUGCUACAGACCAGGAGCAGACAUGAGUUUAAUUCUUAUGCACUUUUAUGUCUCUCCCGUAAUCAAGAUGAAAUACCUCAGUGGUUCUCUUUGCAUUGCAUCAAGGGCAUAUUAGGAUGCCGUCCAAAGACUGAUGCAUUCUGAAGGUCUCAAGUAAUUUAUGAUCUGUUUGUGAUAUUAAAUAUAAAGGUGUCCUUUUUUUAUACGCAGUUCCUUAUUAAGUCAAAGCUGGAUUUCUCUGCCUUGUCGGCCCUUUGCUGUAGCCGUGUACUUCUAUGUAUUUCAGUGCAUUUUAUAUAUACACAUUUUUUUUUAUUCUAUUUUUGCUUAGCUACCAAAGAUUCUUUAUUUUCACUCAUAUUUUUUAUAAGAAAAAUGGGAAAAUGUAUUUGUUGUGCUUUCAACUGUUCUGACAAUGACUUGUGAUAUCUGACCAAACAAUGUGAAAUUAUGAGCUGGGGGGUUUGUCUGCAAUUACAACAAUAAAAAUGCAAUUUGUAGGGAUAAGUUAUUGAUUUCAAGAGAAGUGAUGAACCUGUGUUUUGUACUUUGUACUUAGAUAAGCAACCAGCAUAUUUAUGUAAUAUAAUUCUGUGGUUUAUAGGAUUCUGUCCUCUUGUAUACAUGUAAAACCCCUAAGGUUCCAUCUGUCUACACUGCAGAAACAAUAAAUACAUUUGGAAAUUAUUUUAAUAUACAUAACACGUGAACAUAAUUGCUAGGCUUCGAUAUUUUGCAGUGUUGAAACUACAUGGAGUCGUGCCUCAAAUGUUCAGUUCUUACAGUAAUACAAUGAACAAUAAAGCCAAACUUUCAUCCAAAACAUUUGCACAAAAAUGUAAUUAUAUCUGCAAAUUCUUUGUUCUAUAGUUGUGAGGUCCCUGAGUGAAGCAAUAACAGAAAAACUGAGUGACAUUUUCAUACACUUUUAAGGAGAGGUGUUAUUAAUCAAUGAGACCAACGAUUGAACCAUGAGGUUGUUUUCAUGCCAAACUAGUCAUGGGCAGUGUUAUCGUAAAGCACUUUUGUGUUGUGCCAAAUAAAAACAACUUUUCUUUUAA